AUGAUUGAUUUUGGGCAGUUUUCUGCAAAUAAUUCUAUUCGGAAUAUCUCUGUAACUUCGCUUCUUAAUUUUCGAUCAUGUGUAGAAGCAGCUGACCGUUAUUAUUUUUGGAUGCUUGUUCUUCUAAUCCUUCCAGCUGUUAUCAGUUGUUGUUCACUAGCAAUAUCACUUAUCACCAUUAUUCAUGUCCGUCGGUUGAAAAGUGUUACAGAAGCUAUCACUAGCAGCACCCAUUGGUUGGCAAGGACGGCGAAUCGAAUUGGAUUGGGUGUUAGUGCCCAAAAAGCACUAAUGGAAUAUGCGAAAAAGAAAAAUUUGUUAAAAUUAAUUCCAAAUACUGGGCCUAAAAUUAGCAAUUUAAGUGUUCCUCAACCUCAUAAUUCUGAUGAACAAUUAUAA